AUGAUGCACCAUCUGGAUUUUUCCAACGGUCACCGGCACGGCGACGGCAUGGUCGGCAUGUCCGGUGGGCCGCCGGGUGCGAUGCUGCACGAGUCGUUCUCGAGCCUGGUCGGGACGGUUCCGACGACGGCCGACCUGAACGGGGCGGACUUUCUGCACCACUACGGGCCGACGGUCGACUAUUGGAACCCGGUGGCGUACAAGAACGGCACCAACCCGAUGAAGGCGAUGGAAGCUUGCCUCCAGAAUGCCAACAAGGGCCAGUACAACCCGCUGGAGCAGGUCGAACAGCUCAGUAUCAGCUGUGACAGCGAGUCCCAGAAUGCCUCGCCAUUGCAGAACGGUAACCACUGCCUGCAGGCCUCGGUCCAGGGUUCGGCGACCCUCAACGGACUGAACGGGCUCAAUCUGGGCGUACUGAACAACAACAACACGAUCAGCAGCAACAAAAACCUGCUGGAAUCGCGCAACCAGGCGAAGGGACAGCAACGAGCCUCCGGCGAGUCGAGAUCCAGAGUGACCAGAUCCAGGAGGACGGCUGUCGUAACCAGUAAUGCUGCGGAUGAGUGUUCGCCUGCGGAGGAAGAUAACGAUGAGCGGACAGGUACGGAUCAGGAUGAGUGCACCAGGACCGACGAAGAGGACGUCGGUGGAAGUGAUGAAGAUACCGGUGGUGGUGGUGGUGGUGGUGUCGGUGGUGGUAGAAGAGAGUCAAUCAUACAAAAUGGUAGCAACGGACAUAGGACGUCCACGAAGCACUCGCUCGUGGCGCCCUCAUCGGCGGCGCUCGGAAACAACAACAAGAAGGGACAGCCCGAGGCGGAUAAGCCUUAUCAUGCGUCGCUGGCAUCGGCCGUGGUUACCCUCGAGGGCAAGCACUUGUGGGACAAGUUCCACGAGCAGGGCACGGAGAUGAUAGUCACCAAGGCGGGCCGCCGCAUGUUUCCGACCUUUCAGGUGAAGGUGGUCGGACUGGACCUGGCGGCGGAGUACCUCAUGAUCAUGGACUUUGUGCCGCUGGACGAUAAGCGCUAUCGAUACGCGUUCCACACCUCGAGCUGGGUCGUAGCUGGUAAAGCCGAUCCCAUCUCACCGCCGCGCAUCAGCGUCCAUCCCGACUCUCCGGCCACCGGCGCUACCUGGAUGAAGCAGACAAUUUCGUUCGAUAAGCUCAAGCUCACCAACAACCAGCUAGACGAUAACGGACACAUCAUCCUCAACUCGAUGCAUCGCUAUCAACCACGGCUGCACGUCUGCUACUACACGCGUAACGGUGUUAAGGACGAAAAGGAUAGCCAAACGCACCGGACGUUCGUCUUCCCGGAGACCUCCUUCACGGCCGUCACGGCCUACCAGAACCAGCGGGUUACGCAGCUCAAAAUCGUCAGCAAUCCGUUCGCCAAAGGCUUCCGGGAUAAUGAAACCAACGAAGACUCCCAGGAGCGAUCAGCACCGGCCAUAGGCGAUCGGUUGAAAAAUGAGCGUAGUUCCAGCUACAAGAAGGAUGGUGAAAUGACUUCCCUGACAUCGGGUGGCGCCGCUUCGUCAUCACCCCGGACAUCGUGCGCAUCCUCGUCCUCGUUGAGCGCCCCCACUACCACCGCCUCCGUCUUGUCGCUGCACCAGCCCCCGCACCAGUCCUCGCUACACCACCUCCAGCACCACCUGCAGCAUCUCCAUCAGCCUCCGGGAGCCUCCGGGGGGAGCAAUGGGUCGGCGGAAAGCCAACACCACCACCUCCUGCACCACCACCACCAAACGUCGCACCACCCUCACGCACAGCAGCAAGGGCAUCUGCACCAACACCAGCAAGGCGUGCCCUCCUCGGGGCUGCUGACCGGAAGUGGAUUAACUUCACUCGUUCCGGGCCACCAUUCGCCGCUCAACUCACCAGCGUCAUCCUCCGGCGGCACCUCCUCGCUUUCUCCGUACGGUCUUUCCCCUCACCACCACGUCAACGGCACCACCCCCUCGGGUUCCACCACCGGAAGCAACAUGCUCGGCCAACCGUACGCGUCGGAUGCGAGUGGAUUCGGUCCAAUCUACCACCACCAUCACCAUCACCACCACCACAACCCGCUCGGGACGAGCCCCGCGCCCUACAUGGGCCAUCCCUCUUUCGCCGACAAGUACAAACAACUUUCCGGAUCUCCUCCUCCUCCCCCGGCAGCUGUCCCGAGCACCCUCACCCCUCCCGGCGCCCCAACCUACACCGGCCACUACCAAGGAUUCUACGCCACCGGAACCGGAAUGGUCGCCACAAGCCACCACCAUGCCAUGGCGCACGGAGCGAGGGCCAUCGCUUGCCGCGACCGACCGGAACACGCCUGGUAUCCGUAA